AUGAAGGUCUUCCCCAACUUCGGCAAGGAGCAGACUUUCAGUCUAUCCGAACUUGCAAGUGCAUUGGACCUCAUCCGCACUCAAAAUGCCAUUAUGGACGCCCACAAUGAGGAUGGUGACACUCUUUAUCUCACGGAGGAGCUCUUGAGUGGGCACUGCCCCACUUGUGGCACUUACUUCCAGUAUCAGCCUUCACCUGCAGAUGCUGUAUCCUCAUAUGCUCCUUCCGCCAGUCCAGCCACUCAGACUACUGAUGCCAUCCCAGUCACUCUGACUGUUGCAACUGCUCCGGUCCCUCAGACUGCUGUUGUUGGCGCAGCUGCUACAGUCACUGGCAUGACUCCUCCUGCUGCUCCAGCCACUCAGACUGCUGCUGUGGGACCCACUCCCCCAACUGUUACAACUGCUCCAGUUCCUCAGACUGCCGUGGUUGGUGCUGCCGCUGCAGUCACUCCCGCUGGUGCUACCGGCACAUCUACUUCCACAUCUACUUCCAUGUGCUGGUAUGUUGUCACUGUGGGACUGCGAAACUGGCGUCUUCCAAGGCUGGUAUGUACCUUACAGUUUGGCUUAAUCGAAAAUUUUAACAUCAUUACCAGGCACAAUGUCCAUCCACAUGUUAUUGGCAUUCCAGGUGCUUGCUUUGGACACCACUCCUCCCUUGCUGCUGCCCAGGCCGCGUAUGCUGAGGCAGUCAAUGAUGGUGGAGUCGUGGAGGUGCCGCUCUAG